CAGGUUGUUGUUGGAGAGAGGAUAAGACCCUCUCUUUACAAUGUAAGCGACAGCUUUUAUUUACGGUCUUGUUUAGAUGACUUCAUGUUUAUCUGGGCAAUACACCAGUUAAUAUCUGGGUAUAUUUGCUAGCUUUCUUCUGGUGUGUUGUAGUCAACUUUUCUGUGUUGUAAUUGGUGUAUUUUACAUUCAAUUUUCAUUUCCAUAGUUUAGCAAUCUUUGUUUAUUUUUUUUUAUUUGUUCCUCUGUUUGACAGAUUACAUUCAAGAAGGAUGUAACAUGUAAACAACUUUGUGCCAAAGAAUACAAAUCUGGCAAUGCAGAGGAUGGGAAGAAGCUGGAAUUUUUAAGAAGUGGAAUUGCUCUUAACUAUCAAAAUCAUUGGUUAGUGUGGCUGUAGUCUCAACUUCCUAUUUAUUGAAUGACAGUGUCUUGUAAGAUUUUCAGUAUUAGAUAAAUGAAUUUUUAAUUGUUUGUCUCACAAUGUAAGAGUCAGGCCAGUCAAUGAUAUUGAUCAUGAUGUUGUUUACGUUGUUGUGCUAUAAAGGCCAGCAAAUCAGGUACUUAUAUUCUAUAGAGAUGUUCUUUGUGUCAUCUUAAACUUACUGUUUUCUCUGCUAUACAUCUUUCUAAUCUUUGUAGGAUUAUUGACAACAUGCCUGUGACUUGGUGUUAUGAGUUCACAGGUGAAUACAGAAAGUACUGUUCCACAGGAUUUCCUAUCGGCUGUCAUGUGACAGAGGAUGGACAAGCACGUGAUGCCUGUGUGACAAGUGUAAGUAUUCACAGAUUUCUCAAUUAGUAAACUACUGGGACUGGUUGUUUGAAGGUGGGUAAUGCUAUCCACUAUAGAGAAAUCUCUCUCUGGUGGGUAGCACAGUACAUUUUGUUAAGACUUACAGUCACUGGAUAGAGAUUUACAUGUUGGAUAGCAAUUUAUAGCGACUGCAUUGAAUAGCAUUAUCCCUCCAUUGAAUAACCAAGGCCCAACCAAGGCCAGAAGUUUUCAAUUGAGGGAUGAAAACUGAAAUUGAAGUCAUCAUUACAGCCAAACUGAACAAAGGGGAAAAUGAUCGAAAAUUUAAGUUCAUGAAAAGUCACAUUAAGACACAGGCAAACUUGUUGGGGUGAAGGGGACAAUGACUAAGUCAUGAUUGGUUUUAGUUUUGCAUCUGAUUGGUUGAAAGGAUGGCACAGAGUCUUUUUGACCAAUCAGUGAGCAAACUGAAGGGAACCAGAACUAAAGAAUUUCAGGUUUAUCCUUGACAAAUCCUCCAAAGUUUGCUCUACUUCCCACGUGUGGCAUUGCAGCUCAGUUGGCAUUCGAGCCCAUGUAGUCUUUACCAGGCUCAAGUUGAAAGCCUGGAUGUUUUUUGUUUUACCUGUAAUUUUAUCAUUUGUAAUUUAAUUGUGAGAAUUAUUUUGUUGCUUGUUUUAUGUUUUUUGUUUCAGACUAAGUUCAAUGAGCGUGGGAUGUACUAUGUCUUUAAUCAUGUUGAUAUCAAGAUCAAGUACUAUGAUGGGUCAGGGGAAGACUGGGAAGGAGCUCGUCUGACAUCUGCAGAGGUCAAACCAAAAAGGUAUGAACUGCACAAACAGCACUGUCAGGGAGAGUCACAGUCGUCUUUUGGUCCAUGUGCUGAGCUGGACUCUUGAGUUAAGAGGUCUGGGUCUGGGUCUGGGUCUGGGUCUGGGUCUGGGUCUGGGUCUGGGUCUGGGAUCUGUGAUCUGCCCUGUUCAUUGUGUACUGUUGGUGUGUGAGACACUGAACUCCCUUAGUGCUACCCCCACUAUGUUCUGGGAAACCUGUCAAAAUGCUGGACAAGAAUAACCUGCAAUUGAUUGGCACUAGAUGCCACAGAAAUUGGGAUAAGCUCUUACUGGAGGAGUAACUUGAUGAGAAUGCAUACUAUAUUUGUUCUUUUUUUUUUUUUUUUUUUUUGCGCCAUAGUGCCUGAAUGUUUUAUAUAUGUCAUCAACUUGAAGCAAUCUUGUAGUAAUAUAUGUUGUAUAUUUUAAGCUUGUAAGUGUAGUAUUGAUGGAUUUGUUUUUGUCUUGAUAUGAGUUUGGGACAAAGAUAAGUUCUGAGUUCCUUUAGUAAACCCAUCGUCAUACACCUGUAUACUGUACUUGCCGUUUUUACUCUUUGAGGUUUGAUUCCUCUCAUGGAGUUAGAUGCAUGACAAGACAAAAAAUCAUAUAUCAUUACACAGCAAUCUUGUUCAUUCUACAGUAUCAAGCACGAGAAAGGCAAGGAUCUGAAAUGUGAUGAUGAUUUACCAGCUAUGGGUUUUCCAGCUGAGAUGAAAAGUGAUGUUUACAUUGCUUACACAUACUCUGUUCAAUUCCUGGUGAGUUUGAGCUUAUAAUAUCUUAAACAUAGUCUUUCCCAAAAUCUCAGUAGUGAUUCUCCCUGCUCUCUACCAUACAUUUCUUAUAGUUUUGGCUCUGAGAAUUUGGAGGUGAAUCAUAUGAUAAUUAUCCUUUAGUAAACAUUUUUGUUUGUUCUCAUCAUGUUAUGCUGGAUAAUGAUUGCAUUGAAAUAAGAAGAUGAAAUCACUCCUUGGUAGUGACCAAGACAAAUUUCUCCCUACAAUAUUAAAUCAAUACAGUAUGAUGCAGACGAGUGGUGAGAGUAAACUUUAAGAGAAAUAUCAGUCACAGGAUUAUUAUUCCAUCUAAUGCCAAAUAUUUAGAUCUAACAUAUAAUAAUUACAUGGAAGACAUUAGGGAGAAUUACUAAUGAGAUCUUGGUGUUGAAAUCUUAGUAUAACUAAAAUCUUGGGAAACUGAACUUUUAGAAUUCCUUUAUGUCAAUUCUGGAAAGUCAAAGAUUAAGAAUGGGGGCCAGAGAUAGCAAUUGAGUCAAUAGAACAUUAUUGCAGAAAGAAUGCACAGGAAAGCAUGAAAUGUCGUUCUCUAAGUAAAACCAACUUUUCAAACAAUUUUACAGGUAUUAAACUAUUAUGCGAACCAUGAAAAAUGCUAAAAACGUCCAAGUAUACCUUUUGGAAAGUCAUGCUUCUAAUUUUUUGUAAGGUCCUGAAAGGAUACAAAUGAACCUUUCCAAUGGUGACAGGAAAAAUGCAUUGAAGCAUACUUCUGUAACAAAUAUAUUUACUACACAAGAGUUCAAAACUUUUUUUUGUUGAUCAGAAGCCUUUUCUAAACUGGGUUCAUGUCCACUUGAGAUAUGCAAAGUCCUUUCUUCACCCUCCCCUCUCCGAGGUUAUUGUGGUACUUCUCUUUCUACAUCGCCUUUAUGAAAUCAAGCAUUUCACUCUCCUGAAGGAGGGCUCAGGGUCAUUGUACUUGCAAUGGUAUUUUUUUUGUACUGAAGUGGAAAUUUUAUUUUAUUUUGCAGCCAGAGACUGAUCCCAAUCAGAAAUGGGCAUCCCGUUGGGACUACAUUCUUGAUUCAAUGCCACACACCAAAAUCCAGUGGUUUAGGUAAGAUAUACUCCACAUGUACUAACAUACUGGGGUACUGUGGCAAGUAGAUGAGCAGAGUUGUUUAUCUGCAAUGGUGCACAAAAGUGAAUAAUAGUCAGUUACACUGUAGAUGCAGUUGUUAGCUAUGAGUUGAUAAAAGCAGGGUUUCAAUAUCUUUUUCUAUAAUCUGUUGCCGAUGGUGUGAUGUGUGGCUGUAUUAUAAAGUAAAAUGCAAAUGUCAAAAUAAAAAUCAACAAUAUCCCCUUGUAGAUAAGCUUCUUUCCUUCCAUCAUCUCUACUUCAUAAUGUAUCGACAGUACAAGAUGAUUCAUCUUCAUAGUCUCUCUUCAGAGUGAAAGGCCUAAUCUGCAUGUAUGUACAGUUGUCAGCAGAUUAUGUCAUAGAGAGUCUUUGAUUCAACUCAGAGGCUUGUGUAAGUUCCACUGGUAGGAAUGCAAAGAUGUAAUGUUUAUUCUACAACCCUCUUGAUGGUAUUGAUCCAUUCUAAUAUGUGAUCUUAUAGGUGUUGUGAUGUUUUGUCCUCAGCAUCAUGAAUUCAUCUGUCAUUGUGCUCUUUUUGUCGGGAAUGGUGGCCUUGAUUAUGCGGGCGAACUCUGCGCAAGGACAUUGCUCCCUACAAUCAGAUGGAGUCAGUGGUAUGCUGUCAGAAAACGUUUCGCUGGAAGUUGGUUCAUGGAGAUGUCUUCCGCCCUCCAAAGAAUGGAAUGUUAUUGUCUGUCAUGUUGGGUUGUGGAACUCAGACAUUUAUUACAGUGUUUUUCACAUUAGGUGAGUGUGAAAGGAUAAUGUGAGAUUGACUAUGUAUUUUUGUAUGGCCUCAAAAGAAUUGUAUGCAUUCCAUUUGCAUAACUGGGGCUAAAUCUGGUUUAUCUUGCAUGAGGAGACUGGGAGUACAUCCCUGUAUUUUUUCUCCCUCUGGACGAGAUUCCAGUUCAUAGCAGGUUACCCUGGCAGGUUGCCAGUACCCACCCUGAGUUAACAUUCUAAUCUUGACCUUUCACCAACGACUUUUCCCUGCCCUUUUUUGAGUUUGUUUCAUUGUGUUUUUUCUCAUGUCAGGAAUCAGUUUAAUUUGUUUUCCUCAACUACAUGUAUGUAUUAACUCUAUAUUUAAUUUUAACUAAGGUGUUGUCUCAUUGAUUAAAUCUUCUUUUGCUCCUCUUCAGUGUUUGCUUGUUUUGGAUUCCUUUCACCUGCGAACCGUGGAGCUUUGGUGACUUGUUCAUUGGUGAGUUGCUGCCUGACAUUCUUGGGAAAAAAAGCAGAAAUCUUCUAUCUUAUGGCCCUAGUAUAAUAGAAAAACGUCUUUUAAAAAUCUUUUCCUAAUCAGCAACCAUUUCCUUAUUGUUGUGUUAGAUCUUUGUAAGGUAAUUGCCUAAAUAAAGUAGAUUCUGUUCUUUUGUGAAAGGUGUUUGCUAGUUCUCAAUUUUUUUUUUAGCUAUAAUUAUAUAAAGAAAUUUCUUUGGUCAGUAUACAGUGAAACUGUUAUGUAGCCUUUCUAUGCGUACCCAAUCAUCCAUCAGUGUCCCUGGUCUUCUGGGUGGCAUUUUCCAUUGAGCAUAAUUCUGAUGGUGCUUUGUACCCAUUUUUUUUCCUGUUUAGUGGUUGGCGGAGACUUGUGGAAGACCAAUACCUUGUUAUCGGCCUUCCUUUUUCCUGGGUGAGUAUUCAGUGAUGCAAACAUGUACACUGUAGUAUACAGCUGGAAAUAAUGAAGUUAGGUGAAGCAGCUGAAUACCUCUUGUAAGGGGUAUUCAUGCAAAGAUCUUUUAAGGAGGAUUUAAAAUCCUUAGCUUACAAUGUAUACCGCCAAAAAUACUCAGUUUUUCUUAGCUACUUAAAGUAAGUCUAAUGCCAUAUUGUGUGAAAUUUUGUGUCACAGUAGAUAUGCAUCUAACAAGAAUGGAUUAUUAUCAUUGUCAUCAUUAUUAUCGUCAUCAUCAUCAUUAUAAUUUCUAUGAUCUUUGUCAUCAUCUGUAUCAUUAUCUUUGUGGUCUUCAUGACUGUUAGUGUAAUUGUCAUUUUCAAUAUUGUUGCUAUAACCAUCACCCUUGUCAAAUGUAAUAACUUUUUUCUUUAAUUCCAGAUUGAUAUUUGGAAUUUUCUUCCUUUUGAAUUGUGUUCUGUGGUCAGAGGGUUCAUCAGCAGCUGUUCCAUUUACCACUUUAUUCACCCUGUUGGCCAUGUUGUAAGUCUAAACCUGAAUCAUUAGCAGCCCGUGACUCAGCACAUUUUAUGAAACAUGCGUGGAAUGUUAAUUUUCCUUUUUCCUUUCUUGCUUGAUAGGUUUGGCAUUUCAGCUCCACUUACAUUCCUGGGGGCUUACCUCGGAUUCAAGAAAAAGGUAAUUACUGUACAUGUAUAAACCGCUGAUAAUUAAGGUACAUGUCAAUCUAAAAUCAGCCUAUUAACGAGAAAACCUAUAUGACCAACACAUAUCCUGGUUUCCAUAGCAUAAACCCAAGACACCCUCACAUUGUUAUUCAUAUUCUCCCAACUGUCCUCUAUACAUUUCUUAAGGUGCUGACAAGGAGAAUUUUGUUCAACAAUCAAAAGCUUCUUUACCUGGUGAUCAUUUGCUUUAUUCUCAUGACCUUCAUGUUAUGUUCAAGGCUGAUAUUGUAAGGAGAAAUUAGAUGCUUGUCACCCUUAGGAGUUGAAUGGUAAAGCAAUUAGGAGUAUUGUUUCAGGUUCCUUCAAUAGAGUAUUAGUACCCAUUUAUGCACUUAAGUGGAGAAAAACACUGGGAGAGUAAAGUUUCUUGCCCGUAAAGGCAUUUAAAAGACCCUGCCUUGGCUCGAUCCCAGACCUGAUGACAUCAAGAACUGUUCUAACUUUGCUACUUUUAAGAGACAACUUAUGGAAAAUAAGAAUAUUCUAAAAUCUAUUAGUUUUGCAAAAGCUUCCUGCAGUAUUUCCAAUAAAUCCUUAGAUUGAAAUAUUUUUUAAUAUUGAAAGGUCAGUCCUUUUGGCCUUUCACACCUUUCCACAUAUACUUGAGUUUACCAAUAUGUCACUGGUGUUGUCCGUAAGCGUCAAAGUUUCACAUUGUAAUGUAGAACGGGGCUGAUCAGGUGUUCAAUUUUUGCCACUAGCCAAUUGAACAAUCUGUUCGAACCAAUUAGAUCCCCUGUCUGAUUCUAGACUAGGUCAGUACAAUUAUGGACUCUGAAGAAUGUUUAUUUUUUAUCUCCAGCCAAUUGAGCAACCAGUUCGAACCAAUCAAAUUCCUCGUCAGAUUCCAUACCAGGUAAGUACAAUUAUGGACUCUGAAGAAUACAGUGUACCUCAAGUUAGAGGUUUACAAUCCAGGUGGUUCCAUACCUCAGUUCUGAUUCACACACUACCUUUGCCUUAACCAUUUUAUAUUAGACAAUGAUUCAUUUAGAACUUGAAUUAGGAUAACGAGUGAAUGUCUAUUUUAGCGAAGCUUUCAACUGAGUGCCGAAAGUAAUUCGGGAUUUUGCUGUACCUCGCCCCGAGACUGGUUCAAAAAACUCGCGCCACUCUAUCAACCAAUCAAAUCCAGAACUAAAAGGAAUCACAACUUGGUAACCCGUGCUUUCCCGCGCUUUAGGCUUGAGUUUUUAUUGGCUCUUCUUACUUCUGCUUGAUAACCCGCGUUUUCCCGCGCUUUAGACUUGAGUUUUUAUUGGCUCUUAUUACUUCAUUCCUUCUGAUUGGCCGUUGCGAUUACGGUGGUUUUGCCGUUACGUCACUCAAUCGGAAAGCUCUUUAGUGCUCUACGUGGAAUAGAUUUGUAUCAAAAUCAUCAAGAUGUUGUCUCAAAAUAAAUAUUGUUAUCUUGCAGAGAAUUUACACUAGAGCAGCGCUAGGAAUCAUAAUGGGAGGUGUUCUUCCGUUUGGGUGUAUUUAUAUCCAGUUGUUUUUUAUCUUAAACAGUAUUUGGUAAGUCUCUUUUAUGUAUGAAUGAUGGAGAUUUUACUUAAAUCCAUUUUAAAUCGUUCGAUUUUUCUCCUUUUUUUUUGUUUGCGUGUAACUUGUUACUGGGCUUUAACGUUUUUUAAACUCGUAAACCAGACUACCUUGCUGACAAGCAAUUAAUAUAUUUAUAGGGGUAUCAGGCGAUUUUGUAUGAUGCAAAUCGGACUUGAAUCCAGAUCUCUUUCUCUAAAUUCUGCUAUACGUAUAUUUUGUCUUGCAAAAAGUUAUUUUCUUCCCUAUUGUAAGGAAAGGUCUUAAUCAUUUCAUUUGAACACGUAAUAAUAAAGACAGCCUCCUUAAAUUCCACUUUUAUUGUAUAAACUUCUUGAAAAACUUCACUGAUCUAUUGUAUUUGGAUUUUCGGGUUACCCAAUAAAACAGCAGCUCGAUGCUUCAUUUUAUGUUUGAACCGUAUGAGUGAUUUUUGCUUUUUUCUGCAUCAACCAGGUCGCAUCAGAUUUACUACAUGUUUGGUUUCUUGUUUGUGGUUUGUUUAAUUCUACUGUUGACCGUGUCAGAGACCACCAUACUGUUGUGUUAUUUCCAUCUUCGUGCUGAGGUGAGGAAAUUCAUGAGGUUAAAUUCCAACCAAAACUAGUCUUUCUAUGGCUGUUUUCUUCAUAGUUAAGGGAGGGAGCGCGAAGCGAUCGCGCGUGAACGAGCGCGAAAUUAUCCCACCCUUAAGGGUUCACGUAGGUAACUCCUUAGCGGCUUCUCUUGCGCCCAAGCGUUAGACGAUGAUCGAAGGGAAAUAGAGGUCUGUGAACAGACCACACCACAAUUUGACUUUAUCGUACGCUACAUUAUAAACCUUAACAAUAUGUUCUCGUACAUUCUAGAUACCCUUUUAUUUCUAUUUGUUAUAUUUUGACUUUAAACACGCUUUUUCGUUCGUGGCAAUUUUGAAGCUGAGAAAAUUCCUGCUACGGUUGAAGGCGAAGCUGUGGCUUUCACUUCGAGAUAUAGCUUCUCUAUGUAUUAGGGUUACAUUCGUGUUAUGUAUCCUUUGAAGCUAGAACCGGUUCCCAUGUAUAGUAAAAGAACUGGUUUUCCUUGGUGCAAGUGGAACGAAAGUCCACGAAACUUCACCUCUCGCCAGUAUGCGUUUGUAAAUUGCUCUGUCUCGCGGGUGCCAAUCCCAAACAUUUACAUCUCGCCGGUACGCGCAUGCGGUGUGCUUCGUAUCUUAUGUUCAAAACGAAACUUCAUCCAUCGUCUGUAAUGCUCGGGACUCAAAACUUGUCGAUGUAGUUAUUAAAUACGAUCUCGUUACGCGAAAAUCAGAUUCUGUAAAGGGACCCACGGCCGUAACUAGAUCCUUUCCCAAUAUUUGUGUAUUUUUAGUGUAAAGGUAUUGAAGCGUGUCCCGAACAACAAUGUUUCGCUUAUUUUCAACGCUUUACUCAAUUGCAGGAUUAUCAUUGGUGGUGGCGUUCCUUCCUGACUGGCGGAUGUACUGCAGUGUAUUUCUUUCUGUACUCGAUUCAUUUCUUUGUCACCAAACUGAACAUCACAGGAACAGCCUCCACCUUCCUGUACUUCGGCUACACACUGAUCAUGGUGUUGAUCUUCUUCCUUUUCACUGGUAAGUACGUCAUG